ACAUUUAACAUCCCAUCCCUACAGUGUACAGGAAUAAUAACAAAAAUAAAAUUAUACAAUCCUAAUUCGAGGCAAAAGGCGUGUCCGUGUCGUGCUCUUUCUUGUCUAGGAGAGCAGCGGCGUUGAUACCGCGAUGGCUAUGUUGACGCGCCUGACCAGCAGUGGGACCACAACCGUGGCUAAAGCUCCUGGCUCGCCGAAGGGUCUACAGCGUUUCCAAAACUACAUCUCUGCAUUCCUGUGGCCUGGGACACAACGACAGCAGCGCAAGUCGACGCAGCUGGACGCCAUUGACUGUUUCACGAACGAUUUGGUCAGCCGCAAGACCCAGAAAUGGGAGGAGCUGCGUGACAGUCUGAUUCACAAGCAAUCGCCCGCCCUGGAGGCAGACGCCAAUAGCAAUGUGGCAUCGGGAACAGCAGCGGCGGCUGGGGCAGCAACAGCUAACACCAGCUUCAGCCAGAACGUGGGGCUCAUGUCCAAGGGCAUGAUGAGUGAUCUGAAGGCCCUGCGCUCGCCCCAGCUGGGCCUGGACAUUCGGUCACUGUCGCAGCCGCAGCUGGACAACCUUCUGAUGGCCACUCUGGAGAUCAAGAACAAGCUGGACUUUCUCUAUUUGAUCAGGCAGUGCAUUCGUUGCAAUCUGCUGCCGUCCAACGAGGUGUUCAUCUCCUGCCUCAAGUAUUUGAGCACGCAGCGCAAGCUGCAGCAACUGGAGGCCCUGGCAGAUACCUGCCGCCUGCUCAAGCAUCCGUUUGCCAACACCUAUGCCGACCUGGCGCCCUUCAAGGCCAUUGCCCUGUGGAACAAUGGCAAUGCGGAUGUCGCUCUGAUGACCCUGCAUCGCGGCUACGGCGUCAGCAUGACCACCGAGGAAGGACGCCGCAUGAUACGGACCGCCUUUCGCACAAUAGCCGACGAGACGCUGGCCCAGAAGAGCGAGGCCGUGCUGGUGUCCCUCAUGGACGUUGCCCGUGCCAUUCAUCGCGAGCACAAGGACAUCUUUGUGGUGGCCUGUGUGUGGAAGCAAUGCUUUGUGAGCGACUGGUUCUGUGACCAGAAAUCAGCAGGCGAACUCCUGGAGCAUUACAAGGAGCUGCAGGAGUUAGUGGAGCGACGGGCCAGUCCCCUGUGCUCUUCAUUCCUGGGUCGGAACAAUGUGGAUGCAGUGCACCGACUGAUUGAAGUUUACCUGCAGCACCAGCAGCGCUCUGCCUGCGCCAGUUGCCUGAGUUUGCUCUUCAACUAUCAAUAUUUGCGCAAGGAUCUGCGCGCCUGUGCCGAGAUAGUCAAGUCCUGCAGCGAGCUGGAUAUGCCACUGAAUGAGCUGCAGAACGAACAGUUCCUCAGCCUGUUCCUCGAUCAAAGCGAUCCCAUUGACACGGCCAACGGGACGACAGCCGCCAAGUACAAGACACCAAAGUCCUUCCAGUACAAAUUUUAGGCCCCAUUCUGGCCGUCGUCGCCCCCAUUUACAAUUCUAGUUCGUAUGGCCGUUGUCAUCAUAGAUGUAGCACAAGUUGCAGCCCAAAGCAAUAUGCACGACACCCCACCCCACCCUCGUUCCCAUAAAACAGAAUGUAGCAUCAGCAGCGUCUCUUUAAUAAACGUUAUUUAAUGUCGA